AAAAAUAAAAUGGUGGAUAAAAGAAGGUUUAGCUGACGUGUACAUCAUAGUUUUGAAAAUGCAGUAUCUAAAACGCAUAAUUAUGACUAAAUAUCUAGCCGUUUCUCUCCUGAUAAUUUCAGCAAAUGUAGCGUUUGCAGAUAAGAUUUCAGACCUUCGUCUUUGUGCAUCAAGAGGCUGUGAUGUUCUGAUUUCACAAGCGCGAGCCUUGGCCAGACACAAGCCCACGGACCCUAUCAUGUUGUCAUUUGAUCGAGGUGAUUUGAUUAACAUCUACAGCAAGUCAGCAGGAAAAAGGGUCGAUCUCUGGGGAGGAGAGAUAAAUGGCAAAAGAGGCUAUUUUCCAAGGUCAUUUGUACGAGAGCUCAAAGUAGAAAUUCCAAAUCCACAAUUUACUGUUGAAACAGAGUCCUAUGUGCCGCUUGAAGACCGGAUAAUGGGCCGGGUACCGGACAGCCCAAAGUCCCCUGAAGCUGACACAGAGAAACAACAUGAAGAUCCCAAAGAACAACAACAAGACACACAAAACAACCAAGAAAAUCUAGAUAAAAAUCCAGCUGUUCAAGAGGUUACAAAACAAAAUGACGAACCUGCAGUUGAAGCCAGCUCAACAGAUGAAACUGAAAUAGAUGAAACUGAACUCCCAGAAUUACCACAACUUCCUGUUGAGGAGCCAGAAAGUGAACAAAAAGAAAAAGAUUCUAGAAUCAAAACUGAAGAUGGUGGAAAGGAAGCUCAUGAUAAGCCAAGUGCUGAUGAGACAGAAAUAGCUGAAGACAAACAGCUUGCUGAUGAAACUGAUUUACUAACUGAAAAAUCUCCUGACAGAGAGGAAUUAACUGAAAAACUGGUCGAACCUACAGAUGAAACUGAAAUAAAUGAAGAAGAUGAUAAUAAAGAAAAAGACGAGACUGAAACUGAAGAUAAAUCACAUGGGUUGUCAGAAAAUCAGGGUUCAGAUGAAAAACAUAAACUACCAGAAAAGCCAGAUGCAGUUAAAAGUGAAGAUCCAGUUGUAUCUGAAAAUGUUAAUCAACAGAAACAGCAUUUUGAAGCUGAAAAGGGGGAAAAGGUGUUGGAAACAACACAGAAAGACGAAAAACAAGGUGUAGAUGCAGUUGCCACUGAAAAUAAAAUAGCAGGUGAAGAAGUAAGAACAAAAGAAGAAAAAAAGGAACCACAUGCUGAUGACGGAGAUGAAACUGAACUGCCAGACGAUGUUGAUGAAACUGAUAUAGAACCAAACAAAAAAGAACACGUGGAAUCAGAUGUCAAAGUUGAAGCUUCUGUUCAAGAUGGUGAUACAAAAAUUGAUGGAGAGAAGGAAGAGGAGACAAAGAAAGAAAUCAAAAAUGAUAAAGCUGAUGAAACUGGCGGUUCCUUCUUUGGAAACAUGUUAAGUGAGGAUACAGAAGGUAAGCACUCUCACACUGUGGCUGUUGCUAACAAUGGUACUCAAAUGAGUAGCAGCAGCAUUGACAAUACUCUUUCCGAAACUGUGGAUGAUAAACCAAUUGACCAUGUGGGCAAACAUGAUAUUGUUGCUGGUGGUAACAAUGUGGGUGAUACUAGUGGUGCUGGGUUUAAAAAGUCAGAUGUGGAUAUAGAGAUUAAGGAAGAGAAAGCUGAAAAAAUAAAUGAUGAAACAUAUAGUACAAAUGAGCCUAGUGUUGAUAUGCAUGGUAAUGACACUUAUAAAGAAGGUGGUGGUUUAAACUUAGAUACAUUAAAUACUGACAAGCCAAGUGCUGAUAGAGUAAAUAAAGUUAGUGAUGAUAUAAUAAGUAAGAGUGAACAUGAGGACAUUGAAAUUAAAUUAAAAGAUCAGGAUGACCCUAAGAUGGUGCAGAAAUUGCUUCAUGGGAAAAACAAUGUGCCUGACAAAGAAAAAAGUGUAGCUGAUCAUCAUCCUGGUGAAAGUGCUGAAAGUGAAAAUCUUGAUACUGGAAAGAAAAGAGAUACUGGUAACCUUGAAGCAUUUAGAGAAAAACACAUGGAUAAAAUAGGUGGGGAGCAUGUUUUAUUAAAUUACAGUAGCUCACAUCUAGAAACAAGCAAGGUUCAAGGAAAUACAGAUGACAGUAUGGACAAAGUUAAAACAGACAUAGUUAAAACGUCUGAUGAGACUCAGUUAAACAGAGCGAACAGUAAAAUAAAUGAGGACGUUUCUGGUCAUGUUCAAGUAGUUGAUGGUGCUGAAGACAUUCAUCCUAAAGGAGUUGGUGAAGCAGUCUCGGGCAAGGUUAACAUCAAAGACGGGGCUCAUUCUGAUGGCUUCAGUUCUAGCCCAGUUAGUGUUGGCAAUGACUUGUCCCACAAUGACUUUGAAACAUUGCAAACAGAUGGUUUACAUGAUGGCACUAAUUCUGAGGAUGAUCAAAUGACAGAAACUAAAAGCUUUGAUGCUGUGUUUGGAUCCUCUUCUAAGGAAGAUACUGCAAAAGCAGCUGACAAUGAAAAGAAAAAUGUUGACCUGCCAAUGGAAAAGAAAGAUGAUAUGUUAACAGACAAUAAUGCCGACACUAAUAAACAAGAAAGUGUGAAGGAAGCAAAAGAAACUGUGAAUCUCCCAAGUGAAGUUAAUGUUGAAGGUCUGAAGAAAGAUAUUGCAGUCGAAGUAAGUAAAGAAAAUGAAAAGAAAAUUGCAGACAAUCUGGAUGAAAGAGAGAAAGCUGAUGUUAAUGAAAAGCCUGAUACAGAUGCUUUAAAAUUUAUAAAUGAUAAGGGUGAAAUUGAUGAUGAAGAGGUUGAAGUGAAAAAAUCAGAAGUAGAUGAAAUUAAAAAGAAGAUUGUCAUUGAAAUGGAGAAAGAGAAAGUAGAAAAUGUGGAUAAAACUACAAACCUUGAUGGUGAUGCAAAGAGUGAAGAAGGUUCAAGCAGUUUUCAUAAAACUGCAAACCUUGAUGGUGCUGCAAAGAGUGAAGAAGGUUCAAGCAGUUUUCAAGCAUCCAUCAUUCCAUCUACAAGCACCCAAAUGCCAGCUGUACAAGUUGUUGCUUCAGCGUCAAAUAAAGGAACAAUUGUUGAUGGAACUUUCUUUCCUGAUGAAUAUUUAGGUGGCGAAGAAACAACUCAAACAUCCAUAGUGGGUGAUUCUACAAGGCUUUACACCAACACUUAUAAUAUUGAUGGCACAAUGUUCACUACUGUUGAAGAAACACUAUUAACUUCUAACACUGAGCUCUUUAAAAAGGUUGAUGAUACCCAGAAACCUGUGGAUAUUAUAAGCCCAACUGCUGCUCAACAAGCGACCAGUGCAGCUAAAUCAGACAUAACAAGUUAUUCAGAGGAAUUGAAAACCACAACCCACUCAACUGAAAGUUUAGAUAACAAGGUGACACAAGCUAUUGGUCUGUCACAAGUGAAACCUCCUACUACAGCAGUUAUCCAUGAAAAUAUUCAGUCAUCAUCAUCAACUGACUUUGUUGCAUCUUCAUCAACAUCAUUUGCCACACAGUUCCUGGAAACAACAUUGGAAACCUCAUUUGACCAUGGAAAGCAGUCCAGCGACACUACUUAUUCUGCUUCUCUUGAUGCAAUCCACAAUUUACUGGAGACCAGCCUGAACAAGUUCAAUGAAACUGUGCGCAGCAACAAUGUUCAGGAACAAGUUCAACCUUCCCAGAACCUGGAUGCCUACACGACCAAUGCAUUUUUAUCCCGCAAGCCUUUGUCAUCAGGUGCCACCGAUUCUGCUGAAGCAAGUGCCGAAGCUGAUCCAAAACCCACUGAUGAAAAAGAACACCGUCACAGUGACAAUCAUGUGCAUACAACAGAUUCUUAUGAACAGGAAAUCAGACCAAAACAAGACCAAACUGUGGAGACUCACGCUCACAGUCAUGGACAGCAUGGCCACAGUCAUGGACAAAGUGGUCAUGGUCACAGUCAUGGACAAAGUGGUCAUGGUCACAGUCAUGGACAAAGUGGUCAUGGGCAUAGCCAUGGACAGAGUGGUCAUGGUCAUAGCCAUGGACAGAAAGGUCAUGGACAGAGUGGUCAUGGUCAUAGCCAUGGACAAAAUGGUCAUGGCCACAGUCAUGGACAGAAUGGUCAUGGUCAUAGCCAUGGACAGAACAGUCAUGGACAGAUAAAAGAAAUGGGUCAUUUUGAGACCAUACAAAAUCUAGACGAAAAUAACAAUGAAAAGACAACUCAGCCUACGCCCGAGGAUUAUUAUGAAAGAGCUCCACCCACUGAUAUCCCGCCCCAAGGGCAGGUCAUGGGAAGUGAGGCCCAGCCCCUUGAAGACCUGUACAGUGCUGAUCAUGUGUUUGGGAGGAAGGUACCAGAUUCAAACCUAGAUGAGGAGGAAACUAAGAGGUCUUCUAUGGAUAUUCUUAAAGCAUUGGAUCCAAUAAUGAAGACACUGAUUGACAUGAUGCCAGGCAGUGUCCAGGGGGUGUUGGAGCAGGAGCCCCUGGGUAUGUCCCCUACACUCACCAUGCUGGUCUCCCUAGUGUCAACAGCUGUCCUGGGGCUGGCUACUUGCCUUGGCUGCCUGUGCAAGGGUGAGAAGAAGAAAUCAGGGAAGAAGGAUCCAGUAGUAAUAAUCCGUGCCCUGGAGGAGAAGUUAUUUAUUUCUACAAAAGAGAAAGAAAAUCUAGAAGAUGACCUGCAGAUAAAAGUUAAAAAGAUUGAAGAGUUGCAAAGGGAGGUAACAACUCAGCAGGCAAGCUCUGGAACUGCUGAAACAGAAGUCGGCACUGUGAAGCUACACAAUGACUCCCUGAAGAAGCAGGUGUCAGCCCUCCAUCAGGAAGUGACGCAGUACAAACAGGAGGUGGCAGACAAGGAGGAGGAGUUGACCCGGUUACGUGAGGAGGUCAGCGCGUACGAGACAGAUGUACGGGAUUUGGAGCAGCGGGCAACAGACGCAGAGAAAGCUCUGCAGAAGACUGUACACCAGCUCCAUGAGCGUAAAGAAGAGCUAACAUCGGCCCACACAAGGCUGGAGAGUCUGGCAGAGCAGGUGAAACAGUUGGAGACACGCAAACAACAGUUAGAAGAUGAAUCAGCUGAUUGGGCAGAAAAGGUGAAGGAUCUGACAGAGCAAGUACAGCUGUCUGCCGAGGAGAGCAGUCGAAUACAGGAAGACUUGGCCUACAAAGCCAGCGAACUGGAGGUGCUGAGGGACUGUUUCCUGCAGGUGAAGGCCUUCCAGGGGGAGGAGGAGCAGGAGGCUGCAGACGAGACUCCAUUAGACCUGAAUGAGAAGCUCAAACAGAUGAUGGACGUGUCUCGGGUAAAUGCAACACUCCGCGCUGUAGAAGAUGAGAGGGACGUUCUGCAAAAUAAGCUUGCCAUUGAGAUUGACUCGCGGAAGGAAUUGGAAGACCAGAUCCAGGGCCUGAAGCGUCACCUGGAGACCGGGCAGACAGACAAGAUGAAGGCUGAGCGCCAGUGUCAGGAGGCCCAGACCAGGCUGGAGGUGCUGUCCAAGUACUUCAGGGAGAAGGAGGCCGAACUCACAAGGCAGCUGGGAGAGCAAGAGGUGCUGAAGAACCAGAACAUGUCCAAACUGCAAAAUACUAGCAGCAUGACAGAGGAGCUGAGCAAGCAGAACGAGAUAUACAGGCAACAGAUUGAGGAUCUGAAGUCAGAGAUUAGCAAGGCAGAAAGGGACUUCCGGUCUCAGAUUGCAGCGAAUGAAAAGAAAGCUCAUGAAAACUGGUUGGCGACGCGGGCAGCAGAACGAGAACUAAAGGAAUCCAAACACGAGUGUGGAAUGUUGAGGCAUAAAUUGACAGAGCUGGAGAGGAAGUUACUGCAGGCCCCACCUCCUGGCCUCAUUCGACCAAUCACUCACCGGGGAAUGCCCCCGCCUGGUUUGUUGAAUGGCCCCCCUCCCCCACCCCCAGAGAGACCAGGAUCCAGAGGGUCAGUUCAUGGACAUGUAACCCCACGCCUUAGGGAUGACUACAGGGAGUCGCCGGGCCCAGACAGGAUCCCCCCACCCCCUGGGGCGAUGAGACUCCCCCCUGGGGUCAGACCUCCUCCCCCUCCUCACCAUAGCGCCACAUCACCACCACCAUUCGCUGUUCGACAUCCAUUCCCCGGUGACCGAAGGUCUCCGCCACCUUUUGAUCGGUUUCCCCCUCCCCCUCCCCAUAUGCGAGGUCCCCGGCCCCCCUUUCCACGACCCCCUCCCCCUCAUUUACGAAGCCCCCCUGUUCCUAUUGGCAGCUCAUCGGAAAUGGACGACUCCAGAGAUAGUUCUAGAAUGGGAAAAGAAACUUGUGAUACAUUCAGAUCGGGUGUCCCCAUCCUUCAGCCGCGGACCUCCACCCCCCGCAAGUCGAGAUCGGGGUCAGACGCGGCACGCCAGCCAGGUGUGAGGGGAGGUCACUCCAGACGAUCCAGCGACAACUGGGACUAGCCUCCCUGAAGUGUGGAACAAGAUGUGAUUGGCUUCCAAUUAAAAGUCCAUCAAUAUAUAUAUUUUAUAAACAAAAACUUAUCCAAUAGGAAGAUUGGACACGAUGUGAGUGGUCACAAAUGUAAUUGAGAUGGAUUUAUUGGUAGGAUUCCCAAAAAGAUUUGAUUGGUCGCCAUUGUUAUGGGAUUGAAACUAUUGGUAGCAAACAGGACUAAAUUUCAUUGCCAAUUUUAUGGGAUUAAAUCAAUUGGUUCAGUUGGUCAUUGGUUGCAGGGGUUGAUGAGACUAAUUGGGAUAUUUACAACAGGUAUUAUUUUAUUUGCAAUAUAACAGGCUGUUAUUGUGACAACAGAGAAUAGUUAUUGAGUAGUCACAUUCAAAAAUAUUUUAUUUGUUGCACUAAUAGUAAGGAAUGUAACAUUAUUGCUGCUAGCGAGGACAGGAAAGUUCACCUUGCCUGCAGUAGCAUGUCUAUCCAUAGUAUCCGCCCUCUUAAUGAAUACAUACAAAUUAAAAAAUUGGAAGUGAACAAAAACAAAAAAAUACGCAUUUGUUAUAUGUCAGUUUAUAUUUAAAUGUGUAUACUUGGACAUGACAACAAAAACUGCAUUAAAAUCAGCAAUGUUUUGACAAAAUACGGGCUAGACUUAGCUCCCUGUAGUUAUCUGUAUCUUGUACAUUGGUUCUCAUAAUAUCGGCCCUUGAUUUGUUGCUAGGGUUUGUUGCUAUGUGCAUGCGCUUGUUCUAAAAAUAUUAUUUUAAUUGAAAAACGACACUCUUGCUCAUGUUGUUCUUAUUUUUGUUAAACAUUUUAUUAAAAAAUAAGCGGCAUAUUAAACAUUUGAUAAAGCUACUAUUAACUCAUAAACAGUAGGUACAUAAUUGUGUGUUACGUAAUUAAAAAAUCAUAGCAACAACCUGGAAUAAACUUAUUUCCAAUGAACAAUGAAAAUCAUGAGAAUGAUCGUCGUUAUAGUCAUAGAUAACCAUCAAAUAAAUUACAACUUCUAAAAAUUGAAAAACAUUAACUUCCAGCACUUCUUGAGGGUUUUUCGUUAUGUUGUUUCGUUUUCGUUAAAGUCAUGAUACUAUGAGAAGAGCCGAUACUAUGAGAAUACAGGAUAUUGUCUUUGGAGGAUGGUAAUUGUUAAUCCUUUCAGUCUGCAAAAUGCCAAAAUGUACAUACUGAUUACAUGUAUGCUGAAUUUUAAGGAUAUGUUUGGAAACGAGAAGUUGUAGUUGCUUUGCAUGAAUAGGGAAGCUUACACCUCUGGUUGAUGUUAAUUGACAUCACUGAUUAUGAAGUCAUGUUAAAGGUGUACUAGUAUCUACAACCAUUCAGGUUUUAAUCAUGCCACAAUAUUGUCACCCUAUUCUCACAGGGUACAACAUUUAUUUUAAGGUGGGUUGAAAUUUUAGUUUUAGAAUUCUUUUGUAUGUAAAAUAUGUUUUGAAGGGAUGGAAUUAUUUUUUUAAGAAUUAUCAGACUUAGCAAUUAUUAGCUUGUUUGUUAUGUUGUCAUGUACUGUAAUGAUAUGACAGUAUUUGAUUUUUGAAUGUUAGAAAGCAAUCAUGAUACUUCCAUAAUGUGUGGUUGAAAUGAACAAUAUUCAAAUAUAUUGAUGUAUAAAUGAAAGUAAUAAUUAAGGUGAGCAAAUAUGUACAAGAAUAUGUAUGCAUAAUGAAGCAGUUAGCAGUGUUCUUUUACUUUAAAAUGUAAAUACAUCCACAAGUAAAAAAUAAUAAAAAUAGACGUCUUGUUAGUUACAAAAAACCAUGCUUAUAGAUAUCAACACAAAUAUUUCAAUAAAAUGAAUGUCUCUAACACUUGUGCAUGCUUGUUACACAUGUAACUGAAGAACUGUCUUGCUCAAAGGUUAAGAAAAUGUGUGUUCUCUGUUCAGAUUUUCAAUUGUUGUAUGCUUGAAUUAUAAAAACCUAUCAUUUAAUGAUUGGUUUUUAUAACUUAUGUAGUAUGUAUUGUUUAAGGCAUGCUAACGCAUCAAAUUUUUAGCACAGUAUAUAAUACCCUAUAAGUGUAUGUUUUCUUUUCAAUUUUUCAUUAAAUUCUUUAAUCGAUAAUACAUCUUAAUUUGCGUCAAUACAUCAACAAUUAUUCCUCAUAUGAGCACACAUACAUUAUACAGCUUUCAUACAUCAUACAGCUUUCUUACAUGUUUUCUGGUCCCAUUCCCAAUUCAAGAAAAAAUCAUAAAAGCUGUAUGAGGUAUGUGUGCUCAAAAAUUAAACAUUAAGUUACGUACAAUCCAACAGGUGAUUUUUACUACAUUUGUAUAUAACACUCAAAUCUGGGUAUAAACUUAUAUGUAAAUUGAUUGUACCUGUUACAGAAAAAAUUUGUGCAAAUUUGGUUUGAUUCAUUUUAAUUGAUACAUACUUAAAAAAUUAGUUGUACCAGAAUUAAAAUGAAGCUGUGUUGCAUAACCAAAUGUUAUCAUUUCACUACAGUGUUGGGUUAAAAAAGGUAUUGAGUGUGUAAUAUUCUAUCACCACAAUAAUUUGUUAUCACUACAAAAUGAAAUGUUUGAUCAUUAACAUUAAGGAACACAUUUGAUUUUAUGCUCAAGUGCCGUUAUGAAAUAAUGUGAGUUUAGAAAAGCUUUAAUAUGAUUUAAAACAUUAAAAUAAUUAUUAAGUAUGUUAGAAAAAAAGUGUAAUAAUAUGUGUAAUGUUUGCACUUGUUAUGGUAAACAGUGUAUCUGAAUAUACUACAUGUUCAUUUGUCACAGGAGGUAGAUUGCCACACAAUGAUCCAUGUUUAUCAUAGGCAAUGUUUGUGUUUCAAUUGUUUUUUAUAGAAGUAAAGAUUACAAUUUAAAAAUACUUUCAUUUUUGUGAAGAUAACAAUUAUUUUAGUAAUCAAUUCGUUCUUUCUAAAAAACAAAGAAAUACCUUUGAUAAUUGUGAAGGUGUUGAAAAUUGACUUUCUUACAUGUGGAUUCUGUUUUUAUUAUGCCCCUGGUAGGGUGGCAUAUAGCAGUUGAACUGUCCGUCAGUAUGUGUGUAUGUCAGUCUGUCCGUCCGUCCGAAAAAAACUUUAACGUUGGCCAUAACUUUUUCACUAUUGAAAAUAGCAACUUGAUAUUUGGCAUGCAUGUGUAUCUCAUGGAGCUGAACAUUUUGAGUGCUAAAAUUUCAAAGCGAACAUCAUCCUUCAAGGUCUAGGGUUGAAAAAAAACAAAUGCAAGGGAAGUAAUAAGCUUUAAAUGGACAUAAUUAUCUUCCCUGCCAACAUAUAUAUUUUUGUUAAAUCAAUCAAAGCGGCGCAGUAGGUGGCAUUGUGUUUCUGACAAACAAAUCAUGGAAAAAGAUCAAGGUCAAGGUCAUCCUUCAAGGUCUAAGGUCAAAAAUACAAAUCAAAGGGAAGUAAUAAGCUUUAAAGGGAGAUAAUUAUGCUAUAUUGAACAUAGCUACUUGAUAUUUGGCAUGCAUGUGUAUCUCAUGAAGCUGCACAUUGAGUGGUGAAUCUACAGUCACGGUAGUUUUAAUUAUUUGCUACUAAAAAUAGACAGUGGCUUUUAAUUAUUUGCUACUAAUAAUAGAGAUUUGUUGGAGACAAUUAUUUUCAAGGGAAGUAAUUUAUAUAAUUAUAAAUAUCAUAUAAUAUAUUUCCUUACCAAGAAUUUAACUUCGUUUCACAGUCACUGUACAUAUUUAUUAUUUGGAUUAUUUAUAACUCAACUAAAUGAUUUGUCAAAGUUUUUUUUUAAUGAUAUAAUUAUCAUUUAUUUACUGUACUAAUUUGUGAAUAAUAGGUUUAUUGCAUACCUCUGGACUUAUGUCUAUAGAUACAUUUUAUGAAAAAAAAAAAAAAAGGUACAUCUUUGAUAAACCUUGGUUGUCAGUCAUGUCUGACUUGGUCAAUUUGGCUGUCUACAGACCCUCCCCCCCCCCCCCCUCUUGUUGGAUUGGACAAAAUCCAAGGGAAGUAAUAAGCUUUAAAGGGAGAUGAUUUCUAUACCUCCCAAAUGAUAAAUAGAAAUUUUAUUUCAAAGUGGCGCAGUAGGGGGCAUUGUGUUUCUGACGAACACAUGUCUUGUUUUAUAUAUGAAUCAAGAUAAGUAUAAAACCAGUUGUGUGGAUUUUUUAUUAAACAAGGAGUGUUGAACUGCUAACAAUGUCAAGGCAAGAUGCAAUUGUUUGGCAAUCAAGUUUUUGUUUCAUUUUGUGUAUUUAUCGUGCAAUCUGUGAUUUGAUAUUUCACUUUUAUAUGAUGGUCCUGUAUUUUUGUGUGUGUACAAUUAUGUACCUUGAUUAUGUAUUAUGUUUUUAUGCCCCCGGAUCGAAAGAUCGGGUGUAUAUUGUUUUUGGCCUGUCUGUCAUUGUGUCAGUCAGUCAUUGUAUGUGUGUGUCACAAAACUUUCACCUUGGUUAAACUUUUAUAACUUUUGCAAUAUUGAAGAUAGCAACUUCACAUUUGGCAUGCAUGUGCAUCUCAUGGAGCUGCACAUUUUGAGUGGUGAAAAAUAAAGGUCAAGGUCAUCCUUCAAGGUCAAAGAUCAUUGUUUUUUUCUUUCCUAAAACUUCAACCUUCGUUUAAGUUUGAUCAUAACUUUUUUAAUAUUGAACAUAGCAACUUGAUAUUUUGCAUGCUUGUGUAUCUCAUGGAGCUGCAAGCUUUGAGUGGUGAAACGUCGAGGUCAAGGUCAUCCUUUAAGGCCAAAGGUCAACAAAAAAAUUCAAAGCGGCACAUAAGGGGGCAUUGUGUUUCUGACAAACACAUCUCUCGUUUAAAUUUAAGCUUAUGGUCCUCUUAAUGGUACCUGUAUGUAUUGGUCAGAAUGUAAUAUAAAAUUUAAAUAUGUGUAAGUACUUCAAUUCUAAGAUGGAAAAAACACAUGGUGCCUUUGUUUUAGUUCUUUCAGCACUUUCAAAAGAGUUCCAAAUUUAAAAACAUGUUUAACAUUCAAGUUAAUGGUAAUACAGAAACAAAUUACCAAACAUUUUGUUUAUGCCUUAUUCUGUUUAUCAUUUUAUUUGUAUUUUACAUAUUUUAUUGUAAAUAGAUGUGGCAGGUAGACAUAUAAACUGCUUUUAAGAUAGACUUCAAAGACUUUAUGCCACUAGUCAGUGUAAAUGGUGCGAUUAAAAUGCUGUGUUUGUGAUUUCGUAUGAUGUUUAAAAUAAUAAAUUAUGUGAUUGUGUAACAUUUAAAGAAGCAUUUUGAUGCUCAAUAAAUUGAUAUAUUACAACUUUA